UUUGCAUCACCAUAUUUGCCUCGCACAUUUAAACAUGUGACGCAAUUGACAGUUUUAAGCAUUAAAAUUAGUCAUUUGCGUCGCAGAAUUACUAAUCUGCGACGCAGAUGACUCUAAGAUGUUCUUAAAGUCAUUUGCGUCGCAGAUUAAUAAUAAUGCGACGCAAAAUAUUACCUCCUUUGCGUCGCAGAAUUACUAAUCUGCGACGCAGAUGACUCUUAGAGUCAUCUGCGUCGCAGAUUUACUAAUCGGCGACGCAAAGGAGGUAAAAAAUUUUCGGUUUCUAAUUAAAAUUUAAUUAUUACCUUUUCCUUUUCUUUUUUAAUUUGGUGCGACGCCCUGCUCCCAUUCCCUUUCUCCCUCAUACAUUUCCUGCCUCCCCAAACUCUUUCUCUCUCAUAAUUUCCAGAUCUCCAUUGUUGAAAUUCCAAAGCUUCUCUGUCUCUCCUUCAGAAUCAGUAUCGAGCUUUCCCUUCAAAGUCUCCUCUCACCAAAUCAUCCCAAUAUCUCAAAUUUGUUUUAAAAUUCAAGCUUAGCGAAUACGAAGGAGGCAAACCCAGAUCUGAAAGCGAUGACGUCUUCAGCCGGAUUUCAAGCCGCAUUCUCUGCAAACUCCAGCUCUGAGGUGGAUGACUCGGCGGCGACUCAUCUGGGUGCGGUGGAAGUGGGGCUGAGUUUUUGGGGAAUCUGUUGAGUCGACUCAGACCGAGUUGGUCCCGAGUUACACCGCCAUAACAACGCCGAAGUGUUGGUGCUGGAGUUUCGGUUUUUAUCGCCACCGACCUUGAAUACCUUGUUUCGAUCUAAAGGCAACCCUGCAGUAGAAGCAAGAACUUAAUAGACACACAUAUGCCACAUAUAUGACAGAAAAAACAACUAAUUUAGUCUUUUGGAACCUUGAAGAAAUCUUCGCUGACAUCUUACAGUCUGAACUCAGCCCAUAGAACAGUAGAGGAUGUAGAACUUGGACCAGACUGGGACCAGAAAGCCAACAGCCUGCUGCGUAAACAUUUUGGGUACUCCGGGUUGAAAAGUUUUCAAAUGGAAGCUCUUGGUGCUUGGUUUUCUCAGCAAGACUGUCUUGUUCUUGCAGCAACAUGGUCUGGGAAAUCUCUGUGCUUUCAGCUACCUGCGCUUUUGACAAGGAAGGUCGUGGUCGUGAUUUCUCCAUUGAUAAGCUUGAUGCAUGACCAGUGCUUAAAGCUAUCAAAACAUGGCAUCUCUGCAUGUUUCCUUGGAUCAGGACAACCAGAUAACACCGUUGAGAAGAAAGCAAUGAACGGCAUGUAUUCCGUUGUAUACGUUUGCCUCGAAACACUGCUUAGCUUUCACUGUCUGAUGAGGUGUAUAAUGCAUACUAAUAAGUCCACUUCAGAGGCUUGCGGAGAACCGUGGAAUAGCUUUAUUUGCCAUCGAUGAAGUACAUUGUGUUUCAAAAUGGGGACAUGACUUUAGACCUGAU